AUGAUAUGCAAGUUUCAUCGCAGCGUCCUUGUCACCGGCGGCACUGCUGGCCUGGGAUACCACUGCGCCUUGAAUAUUGCGCGCAAGCACCCCGAGUACCAAAUUAUCAUCGCAUCGCGAUCUGACCCCACUGCAUCCGCGGACACAAUCAACAAAAUUCUCAAACAGAAGAACGUCCGCUUUUUGAAGCUCGAUCUAUCGAAGAAAUCCAAUGUCUUCUCGUUCGCAGCAAGCUGGAAAGCGGAGAAAUUCCCCCCAAUCCAAUCGCUAGUCUUCAACGCAGCAUUGCAAUUUCCCGGCGGCGCCGAGUAUACAGAUGACGGAUUCGAGAAGACCUUCGCCAUCAGCCACAUCGGGCAUGCCCUGCUGUUAUACCUUCUAAGCUCGUACCUUGCCGACACCGCGCGCGUCGUAGUCGUAUCCAGUCGCACACACGAUCCAGCCCAGAAGAGCGGUUUCCCCGAUGCCAAGUACACCUCAGCCGAACAUUUGGCUCAUCCGCCGCCUGCAUUGACCAAAGUGAACGGUCGCCAGCACUACACCAACACUAAAUUGGCCAACGUGCUCUACAUGUAUGCUCUGCAUCGGCGCUUCCAGUCUAUCAAUAGAAAGAGCGGGAUGCACUGGACAGCAACUGCUUUCGAUCCCGGCCUUAUGCCGGGUACAAGCAUUGCGCGAGAAGCCAACCCCGUAUUGCGAUUCCUGUGGAUAUACGUUUUGCCCUGGAUCAUCCCGUUCCUACGUUUAGUUCUUACGCCCAAUAUACACACACCGGAGGAUUCCGGUGCGUCGUUAGCUCGAUUGGCCAUUGGGUCGGAUGUGGAAGGUUUUAGUGGCGUGUACUUUGAGGGUGUGAAGCUGAUCAAGUCUAGUCAGGCGAGCUAUGACGAGGCUAAGCAGGAGGAUUUGUGGAAGUGGACAAUUAAUUCUCUGGCUCGCGAUGAAAAGGAGAAGGUUGCCCUUGCCUUGAGUGAUUUGCUCUAA